GUGAAAAAAGACAGAGGUAUAGCGCCAGCUAGUGUUGAUAUACGGUAGACGUUGUCCUGAACGACCGAUGUACACACGAAGAUUGCUGCUGCAUUUAGCGGCAGUCCCAACUUUGCUAGCCCUGCCGCGCCCCGACUUCUAGUCUGGCAGCGCCGGCGACACCCGAUCACGCCCUGAUAUCCAGAUAUCCAAUCGUCUACGCCUACGCUACGGUACAAUUUUCGAGUAGCGAAGUUUCUGACAUUGAUGGCUUUCCAACGUUAAAUUAAAGUAUUGAAUUCCAAAGUGACCAUCUUUUGUUGGCCCAGCCAUGACGAGUGGAGUGAAAUCCCCCCGGAACGUCAACAACGAUCCUGGCCCUAUGGUAGAUUUCUCCUUUGCAAACCUCACAUCGCUUCUAGAAAUUGAUGGUGAAGUGCCGAGGAACAAGACUUCGUGCAAAACCUUGAAUGGAAAGUUCAGAAGUACCUCACUCAAGUUUAAUAAUAACAAGUUGGCAGACUUGGAAGGGCUUGAGAAAGCAGUUGAUCUGCUAGAGAGUCCGUCUGAUCUCGAGUUCCUGGACCUCUCAUUCAAUGAGAUCUUAAAGCUGGACAAUGACAUUCUGCAAUAUCCAAAAUUAAAGAUACUCUAUCUCCAUGGCAACAUGAUCAGCAAGCUGGAAGAAAUCAACAAGCUGGCUGCGCUACCGAACCUGUACAACCUGGCGAUCCACGGGAAUCCCAUCGAAAACGAACCGGAGUUCCGUCCAUACAUCCUCUCCCACUUGCCACACCUCAAGAAAUUGAACUCCGCCCCGAUCACCAAGGCAGACCACAAAGACGCGGAGAGGUGGAAAACUAUUUGUGGAUCCAAGAAGAAAAGGAGAAGACGGAAGGAUACUGAUUAGAGAUUUUUUUUUCGAAGGUCUCUGUAAUAUUCACUCUAACACUGACACCUUGGCUAUCGGGAUGUACAUAUUAUCAGGAAUCUCACAUUAUUUUUAUAAUUCUGAAUAUUUUUUUAAAAUUAUCAUUAUUAAUUUAAUUUGUUUGGAGUCACCUGUGCCUGGGGGGUGAACAGCAGACUGAAUCACUGUGACCCGCUGGUAUGUGUGAUAUGGAGUGUAACUCAUUGAAAAAAAAUACAUGUACAUCUAUAAUACUCCAAAGGUUUCAGUAUGUGGGGCAAGUGGGUAUGCAGGCAUUUUGUGAAUUUACAACAUUGUGCAAAAAGCUUUUGGCAAGCCUCAGGGUUCUUGCACCAUUGUAAAAUACCUGCGAGCAUGCUGCAUAGUCACAGACACAUUUACAACUGUGCAUUAUUUGUAUUAUAACACAUUUUAUAGCAUAAAUUGUAUUAUCCUCUGCACAAUUAUAGAUUUCAUUGUAUUGCUUGGAAAUGUAUUGUUCAAGUUUUUAUAAACUUUGUUGUAGUUUUGUGGUUUUUUUUGUCUGUGUGUUAAUUUUGCCAACUUGCACAUGUGUUUUUUUAUGCUUGAGAAGAAUAUAAACAGAUAAACUGAAUAAUUAGUAUGACACAAUCACACUGGUACAUUAUUUGUACAGUAAUAGUAAUUCCUGCAGCAAGAAAUUUACCCACAUUGUGCUGCACUCAAACCAGGUGAGGUGAAUGGGUUCCUGGCAGGAUGAAUUCCUUGAAUGCACCAAGCACCUUUUGAAGCUGGAGCUAGAGUUGGGGUGAAAUAUAGUGCACCAUUGAAUAGGUAACUAGGUAACCGGUGCCUCAUAAUGCUAUAUGAUAUUAUCAUUAAUACAUUUGAAGUAAUUAGCAUAAUUUGCAUAUUUUUUGUUAGCCUCUACACAAUAUAUAGAUUUUAUUAUAUUGCUUGGAAAUAUAUUGUUCUUAGCCAGGUUUUUUUUGUCUUUGUAUGCCAUCUUGCAAGUGUAUGUAUUGUAAUUGUUUAUUUUAUGCUUGAGAAGAAUUUAGACAAAUAAUGUAACCUAACUGUAUUGUUUGUUUAGACAUGCUGAAUAUAUGUAUCAGUAGAUGAACCAUUAAGAAGGAUCUUUGAUGUAAUAACAUAAUUAACAUCAUGUAUACAGUAUAUUGUAUUCAGCCUAAUUAGCAUAUUUAUGAAAAAUACAUAUUCAGUAUAUCGUACGAAGCCUUAUUAGCAUAAUUAUGAAAUCCAAUACAUAUUCAGUAUAUUGUAGGAAGCCUAAUUAGCAUAUUUAUGAAAAAUACUUAUUCAUUAUAUCAUAGGAAGCCUAAUUAGCAUAUUUAUGAAAUCCAAUACAUUUUCAGUAUAUUGUAGGAAGCCUAAUUAGCAUAUUUAUGAAAUCCAAUACAUAUUCAGUAUAUUGUUACCUAGCAUAUAUUUAUGAGCAACUGAUAUAGAGAAUAAUGUAAUCAGCCUAAUUAGCAUAUUUAUGAAAAGAAAAAAAAUGAUACAUAAAUAUACAGUAUAAUUUAAUCAGCUUGAUUAACAUAUUUAUGCAAAAAAGUCAACCUUAUCCUCGUCAACAACACUGGGAGCUUUUCAUUAAACAAAUAGUGUUUUUUCACUGACAAAUUUGGUCUGAGCCAAUCAGAUGCAAGGCUUUCAGUAGCUUAUAACAAAUAGUGAGAAUUACCAUUUGCUGUGAAUAUGAAAUACUCCCUCUGUAGACAUGUAGAAAUUGUAAACAACUUUCAGAAUUUUUGGUAAAAUGAUUUUGUUAAAAAGAAUGGAUUUAUGUCAUUUAUGGAUGAGGAAGUACAGUGAGCUUGUUGGAUACUUUAUCAUGGGCAAACUUCUUUUAUUAGUCUAAUUAUCAUGACAAUCAAAUUUCACUUGAAUGUAUUAAGGCCACCGCACACCUUAUGACUGUUCGCAAUCCGAUUUUGGAACAAAUCGGAGUUUGCUCAUUUUCUGAAAAUGUGAAUGGAACAUAUCAUUUUAUUUGAGGUUAAAAUUAAUUGAAAGAAUACUAAUAUAACCAUUUUGUAAGAUUGUAAGCCUUUGUUUUGGAGUAAAGGCCAAAUUAGUUUCAAAUCGUAGCCAAUCGUACGACUGCUAUGACCUCAUUACGACUAGAUAUUAAAUUUGCUUUUAUUCUAUGAUGAUUUCGAACAUUACACAGUAAGAUAUUCCAAGUCUCAAUAUUAGCAUCAAAUUCUACUAGGUUUUAUUCCAAAAUUGAGUCGCAGACCGAUCGUAAGGUGUGCGGUCACCUUUAAUUUCUGUUAAAAAAAAACAAAAUCAAGACAUUACAUACAAAUAUAACAUAAUAAAAUCAAUAAGCCAUAUACCUUAGAUGUAGAUAUCAUGUAAUUGUUGAAAGUAGUUCUUUUAAAAUUGAAAUUGGAUGCCCAUUAAAGCAGACUGAUUGUGACAUUUGGUCACCCAGGAAAAAAAGAAAGAAGUGAUCGAACAUAAGAUAAUUUGUAGAACUAAUAUAUCAUAAAUGAAAAAAUAAAACCUUCCAGCAGUUUGAAUAGCAAUAUCAUAGGUGAAUGGCCACUAGGUCUACUCCUGCUUUGUCUGUUUUGUGCUUAGUCUCACCCCUCAUGGUCUAAUCCUUUGUUCAUCUUCAACCAGUUUGUCUAAUUGGUGACACGACAUCUUCUCCAGCGACGAUUGCUCCGAGCUUCAUUUUGUCAAAGAUAUCGGGUUAGGGUUUGCGAUAGGGUUAUAUGUUUGGUUUAGGAUAGGGUAUAGUGUUCAUUCCAGGUUUGAAGUUGGUCAUUCCAUCCAUGUGUGGAAUUUGCAGCGGAGCUAUUGUCGCCGAAGCACAUGUCAUGGAACCCUCUACCUAUUUGGUCUACCCUUAGUUUGUCUAAUUUCCAGUUAGGCUAUACCUAUUUCGUCUAAUAUCCACUUGGUCUAAUGCAACUUAGCCUAAAUGGUUAGAUGAACCAUUUAUGAACCAAAUUUUCAGUUAACAAAGUAAAAUAUAAUAAGGAGAUUAAGUGGAAAUCAGACCAAUUAACAGUGUCAUAUAAUGAGAAUAAGACUAAGUGGAUAUUACACAAGUAUAGACCGAAUGGCAGUUGGCUGAAAUUGAUAAUAGACCAAAUGGGUUUAGCCCAUAUUAGACCUAUCUGAGAAGUAGAACAGCUGCAUGUAAACCAGGUGAGAAUAAACUUUAACAAGGACCCCGAUGAAGAUCAGAUAAGAUAAGAAGUUUAUUUCAAGCGGGCUAUCCUAACAAUCUAAAUUUGUUCAAAUUUAGUAUAAUAUUUUUUGUAUUUCAAUAGUGUUAUAUCAUUCUUUGAUUAUGUAUUGUUCUAUUUGUAUUUUGUAUUUUUGAUUGUGAAUAAAACCAAUCGACCAAGCAA